CACCAUUUUGUGACUGUAGUGGAAGAGGGAUUCAUAUAGUUUUUAAUCCCUGUCUUAGUUGCUGUUGGGAGGGGGUCGAAGAUGUUUUACGGAGGACCGAUAUAAAGUACAAUUCCCGACAGAGACAUGGAUGGACGUUGCUUGCCACUUCAGACGACACGACAGAGCCCAUCUGCAAUUUGCACCGUAAAUUAAUCGGUUAUCUUCUAAGUAUUUCUGCUGUUUUGGGUGUUGUGAGAAAAAAGAAAAAGAGACCUCAAAAGAGAUAAUUAAUCGAGAAAAGAAGGAAGAAAAAGGUGAGAAAGAAAAAGUUGCCAAACUAAAAAAGAUGAGGCCACCAAAGAAACAGAGAAGACGCUCUCCUUUAUCGACAAGAGCAAAAGGAGCAAGAAAACGAGUGGGCAAGCUUGAAGAACAUUCACAGACAACACCGCCUUGUCCUUCACACCAGAAAAACACUCCAUCCAAAGAGGAUAGCUCUCAGGACAAGCAUAUCAAGAGUAGCAACUUCCUAAACAGUGAAGGGUUAAAAGAGCAAAUAACAGAAAGGACAGUGGAAACAUCAAAAUCUGAAGGGAAUGAAGAAAUAGUGAAUAAGGCAAAAACUCCCAAGAACGUUAAUACGAACAGUUUAACAGAUAAUACAGACUCAAUCAAGAUUGCCAAAAAUUCACAUAGUAAUAGCACAGAAAUCUGUAACAGAAACACACAAAACUUUACUAGCACAAACAGUAAAGGUAUCAACCAACAUGCAAACAGCACUGCUAGCAAUACACAAAACACAAAUGCUGCAGCAAACAGUUUAAAUAAAAAUAACUCUUUGAGUGCCAGCCACACUUCCACCACACCUUCCAGUCGAAAAACAGCCACUUUCAAAGCUAGGGUGCCCAAGAAGAAAUACAUGUAUGAACAUCAAGCUUUCAGUACUUUUCCCAUCAGUUCAACCCCUGUAGCUCAACUCACUAUUCAUAGCAACCAUCUAAGUUCUCCACACAACUCCAUUUCUCAGACCACUACUCCUGUGGUCAGAAAUGAUUUAGUUAUAGCAGAUAUUUCUGAAAUGGGGAAAAUAGCAAGCACAGAAACUCUUAAAGGAGACAGAAUUAAGGGUGAUAUGUUGAAAAGUGAGGUGCCUUCUGAAGGAGAAAAGGUGGUCCAAAUUAUGGAAGUAGAUGGAUAUGGGGAGCAAGCUCCGAAUUCUGUGCGCUCAUCAUCCACAGACACAGCCAGUGAACACUCUGUGGAUCUGGAGGUAGUUGAGCCCUCUUGUGUGCAGCUAAAUUCAGGGAACCAUGUAAGAGCGCCAAGAAGAUUCAACCUCUCCAACAGUUCAACCCUGUCUGUCUUCUUGACCCCCAAUCACAUACAAACUGAGCAGGUAGGGUCUGCAACAAUAGCAGAAGCACUAGCUAAAGGACUAAAAAACCAAAGGGUGCUAGCACGUAGACGGCCAAGAACUAAUUUAAAGAAAGAUGAGAAGUUGAUCAAGGAAUAUAUUUUUUUCUGUGGUGUGGUGCGUGGGUCCAGUAGAGAGCAGCUGAACGUAGAGUUGCAGAUUAAUGGGGAGGGGACACUGCUCUCAUAUCCUUUUCAUACAUUAGUAAGUCGCCCACACCAACCCAUUGACCUCAUUUUAGACGCCCCACCCCCAGGAAGUGAACCUGUGGAGAUUGGGACGCGUGUUUGUGUGCCUUAUGGAGGAGAUAAAGGUAGAGAGUUGUACAGAGAAGGUGUGGUUGCUCAGGUAGACUCUCAUUUAGCUUGCCCCUACAUGGUGCUUUUGCAAGAGGAUUUGGAGCAGGAGAAAGAAAGGUGCAGCAGUGAGGAGGUGCAACAGACAUCAAGUACAAAGAAUGUAUGGGUUACCCACCAGAACUUGCGCCUCCUUGUUCCACCAUGGGAUGGGGUUAUGAGAGAGAAAGAACAGGAGGAAAGAGAGCACAGGGAGGAGAUAGAAGUGGAGAGAGAGCUUUGUCAGUUAAGUGAGGGAAUGGAUUUGGUAAGUGCAGCCCCUCCCAGGGAGAACUGCAGAUUCCCUUCUCCAGACACAGGGGUUCAUCAUUAUGGAAGCACACAUCUUUCAUCUUCCACUUCACCAGCAGUUGUUAUGGUAGCAAACAGUAUGUUUAGUUUAGCAACUAGGAAGAACGAUGAUGUAACUGGGAAUAGGGAAAGAAUUAGAGAAAGAGAACACGAGCGAAAGCAACUGAAGACUCCAGAGGUGGACAUGGAGGUUUUGCAGCUGAACAUGGCACCUCUCAGAGAUGGUGGAGGGCCCAUAGUCUCAGGGGGACCAAAAGCAAGUAUGCCUAAUCAGCACAGACAAAUUCUUUCCAAACCACCUGGGUAUCGAAGUCCCAUUACAGUGGUGCGAGGCAUCUCUGGGACUUCUUUAGGAAGUCCACAGCCCAGCCCUUCACCUGCAGUUUUAGGGUCUGAUGGGGGGACCUCUCACCCCAUACCACCCUCUGUACCUCCUUCCCCCAGUUCCAGGGGUUCUUUGACACCUCUAGAAAAGACUCCUACACCUUCACAGACCUCCACCCCAAUUCCAGGGAGUUCUGCUUCUUCUUCUGCUUCCUCCUCAAGAUCAAGGACACCAUUGUCAGCUGCCCAACAGAAAUUCAAGAAAGGCGAUGUGGUUUGUACCCCUAAUGGAAUCCGUAAGAAGUUCAAUGGGAAGCAGUGGCGCCGGUUGUGCUCUAGAGAUGGCUGCAUGAAAGAGUCCCAGCGUCGUGGCUACUGUUCUCGUCACCUCUCCAUGCGCACCAAAGAAAUGGAGGGAGCAGUGGGAGAGAGGGGGAGUGGAGGAGGUGGAGAGAGUAGCUCAGGUACUGUGACCCCUUCAGAUCUGCGGGGUCGUGCUAGCAGUGAAUUUGAUUGGGAUGAGACUUCUCGUGACAGUAGUGAGACAAGCAGCCGAGGUACUGACUCUCGUCCACGUCUUGGCUUGCCAUUACUGCUUCCUCAAGAUUUCUCUCGUUUUGACUUUGAUGAAUGUGAAGCUGCAACUAUGCUGGUAUCCCUGGGCUCAAGGUCUGUAACACCCUCGUUCUCACCGAUUUCAAAUCAGUCCCCAUUCUCACCUACACCAUCCCCAUCAGCUUCACCACUUUUUGGCUUUCACCCUGCAAAUUUCAGUCCUGUUACUGCUUCCCCAGUUUUGCCUCCUCGUCGCCACAAAAACCCUAGUGGUACCAACAGUGGUGUCCUAAAACAUGGAACAGGAGGCACAGAGAGAGAGAAAGACAGACACUUGUCUAGUGUUGUGCCAUCCUUCCACACUAAUCUAACCUUCACGGUACCUAUGAGUCCAGGCAAACGCAGGACUGAUGCGCCACCUCCUCCAGCUCCUCUGUCGCAGGAAUAUGGCAAACCUGAUCAGGAACAAAGCUGUCGGGACUCUUCUCUUGUAACAAAUCUCUGUAUUAUCUCUACUCAGACCACUGCUGUCACACACCCCCAAAGACUGACUUCAACUACUGUCUCUUCCUCACCCACUUCUCCCCUAUGCUUAGAAUCAGGUUCACAAUGUACAGUUUCCCAGCAGCCUUUGAGAGACUCUCCAGUAAUAGUGAGAAAUCCUGAGGUUCCUUUAAUAAAGUUUACAGAACUGCCACUGACUAGAGUUGCAGAGGUGGACAGGACCAGUUCCACAGAAAACAUCCAAACUGGUCUACAUUCAGAAACAGGACUACAUGUUCCUGUUCCAAUUAACGCUGCUUCCACUAAUGGAUCUGUCUUACUGCAGAAUGCCACCUCAACUCUUGUUCUAGUGUCUACUACCUCUUCCUUUCCAAACCCAACCCCUGCAGGUCUACCUUCACAAUCCAGCGCCACCUUAGCCUGCAUAUCAGUGCCUAGCCCUGUCCCAAGGCCUGGUCUCAAUGGUGCGGGUGAUGGAGGGGGCCAAGAUAAGAGUGGUCAAGUGACAUUGCAGCAGCCGGUUCCUUGUCACCCUGCUCCUACUGCCCUGCUGCCUCUCAUACUUCCCACUGAGACCUUGCAUCCUGUGCCAUGCAAAGAAAUCAUCAUGGGGCGACCUGGAACUGUGUGGACUAAUGUUGAGCCCAGAUCUGUUCCAGUGUUUCCUUGGCAUUCAUUGGUCCCUUUCCUGGCACCCACCCAAUCAGAUCUGUCGGCUCAACCUGGUGAGGGCCAACAAACUGUCAGUCAUCCGCAGACAGCUUCUCUGAAGAAAGAGGCUCAGAGCGGGUCAGUGCUGAAGGAGAUUAUAGAGGGAGCACCUAACCCUUCCUCACGGCCCACUCCCUCCGCUGAUGAACUGCCCCCAGAGAGAGAGAAGGAUGCGGAGCGAGAGAGACCUGACAGUGAAACAGAGAGUGACGUGGAUGAUCCAUUUUUCCCCGGUGUUCUUCCUGAUCCGCCAAUUUCUGCGUCUCCUGGAAAGCGUAGAUCUCAGUCCCUCAGUGCACUGCCCAAAGAUGACAAAACCAGUCCUGGAAAGAGGGAGAAAGAUCACAUCCGGAGGCCCAUGAAUGCGUUUAUGAUCUUCAGCAAGCGUCAUCGUGCGCUGGUUCAUCAGAGACACCCAAACCAGGACAACCGCACUGUCAGCAAGAUACUUGGAGAGUGGUGGUAUGCUUUGGGACCCAAAGAGAAACAGAAAUACCACGAUCUCGCAUUUCAGGUGAAGGAGGCACACUUUAAGGCACAUCCCGACUGGAAAUGGUGUAAUAAGGACAGAAAGAAAUCCAGCAGCGAGGGACGAGGUGUUCCAGGGGGCAAAGACAUCCGCGAGAGGAGCAUGUCAGAAACCACAGAACCUCCAUCUGUGUCAAUGGGAAUGGAGCUCAAAGGGGUGGGGCCUGGGAUGGUGAGCGUGUCAGAGCGAGUCGGAGCUGAGGGACAGGGUCAAUUGCCCCGCCCUCGUGCCUUCUCCCAGAGUGCCAUGCACAAUCUGGAGAGGAGCGAGAGAGGCAAUCCACAGGCACUCGCUGAGCUCGCACAGAUGUGUGGUGAUGGUGGUCAGGUUGCAAGGCGGGGUGCUCUCUCCCAGACACAGAGGGGGGUAAGUGAGGACAUGACAAGCGACGAAGAGCGUAUGGUCAUCUGUGAAGAAGAGGGGGAUGAUGAUGUCAUUGACGACUCGUAUCCAGGCAGCUCCAUUGACCUGAAGUGUAAGGAAAGGGUGACAGACAGUGAUAGUGAAAAUGGAUCUGGAGAUGAAGGAGAACGCAAGAGAGUUUUUGCUCCCGUGAUUUGCUCCUCGUCUUACGGCCCUGGUCAUGGUCGGAGCGUAUCUCUCUCCUCCUACCCCAGCUCCAGACGCUUUAGCGAUGCUUCCUCAAAGAGAAAGCGAGCAGUGGAGGGAGGUGAUGGAGAAAGAAGGGAAGGUGAAGGAGCAGUGUCCCAGCCCUCUGCGGGUCAGUCCAUCCUGCUCAGUUCUGCCGGGGGAGUGUCAUCAGUGCUAGGAGCGGUGAGAGUGGCGUCCACUGUUGUCACUAAUGUGGUGCGACCUGUGGUCAGCACGCCGGUGCCGAUCGCCAGCAAGUCCCCACAUGACCGGAAACCCGCUCCGCCACAGACACAGCUUUUCAUUGGACCUGGUACCACAGGAAACCCAGCAACAGCUUCAGGUGGAGGGGGUGGGUACUAUUCCUCAUCAUCGCCCAAUCCUGUUAGUGCAUCAGGAGCUCAAGGGGGGCUGGUGACCAAUCUAGUUUUGGGAGGCACAUUCCAAGCCCCACCCGGUGUACAGCUUCUCACACCCCCUCAUCCACAAAACCCAGCCUCCCCAGCAUCGGCCCCUCUUACCCAUAGUAAUGGUCCACUUCCUCUGCCCGUUCUGCAGUCACACAUCCUUCCCUCUGCAUCAAUAACCCCUUCAUCGGGCCAAAAACCCAUGACACAGGUUCAGUACAUUAUCCCUACCCUCUCUACCAACAAUCCCAAGAGCCCCUCCCCUCAGCAGGCCGGUCAGCCAACCAGUAUCUUCACCCUACCUACAGCUCUGCCCACUCACGCCUCGUUGGCCAAUGGGAAGCAGUCGGGAUACGUCUCCAGUCCUGCUGUGGGUGUAGUUAGCCCAGGAGCCAGAGUGCAAACACAGUCACCAGUCUUGCAGGGCAAGAUGCUGGUUCCCAUGGCAACAGUGAGGGCUGCUCCUGCCCCCCCUCAUCAUUUUCCCUUGGUAGCCCCUCCUCUUCCUGUUCAGAACGGAGGACAAGCAGGAAGCAAGAUUAUUCAGAUUGCGCCAAUGCCUGUCGUCCAGUCGCAGCUUCCCUCUACAGGACCAGUGCAGCCUGGGAGUCCGUUUUCUGUUACUAUGGGAACAGCUACAGUGGUGGCCCCAGGCUCUACCCCGUCUCAGACCGUGCUGCUACCGCCCCCACCUACAAGAAUCACUUAUGUACAGUCCGCUCCUGGGGUUCCUUCUCCUUUGCCGUUAGUUCCCACAACAACCGGCUCCUCCUCUCAGAAAGCUUCAGCAACACCUGGAUCUGCUUAUGUCCCGUCUCCCUUGGCCACCUUUGCAGCCAUCGCUCAUCCGGGGCAGACUUUGGUGCAGCCACUGAUCGCAGGUCAGCCAUCACUGUUGGCCCCGGCCCAGUCUCCCAGCGCCCCUCACGCUCCUGCCAUCUCCGCCAUCUACACCUCUACAAAUGUGACCCUGGCUACUGGGGUGGUGUCUAUGGGUACGGUGUCACCCAGUGUGGUGUACACGGUGUCCAGUUCCUCUAGCCCAUCUCCACACAUCCUUCCUAAAUACACCACAAUGACCUCCAUGACCUCUGUAACCUCAGACAGGCAAGGGAACAUAUCCACACAUUCUGAGCGACAGUUGCACCAGGAGCGAACUCUGGACCGGCAGCACACAGACAGUCAUGUCUACACGCAGUCCUCUGAGAGACAGGCCGAGAAGGUCUCUCUCUUCCAGCCGGACAAACAGUUCCAGUUCCCGAGUAAAAGCAGCAGCAGUUCGGUUGCACCUCCACCGGGCACCUCACCUGGAAGCCCUGCUCAAACCUCUCAUUCUGGCAGUGCUCCGGGGACACCCAAGCUGAUCACGCCAAGGCCUCCUCAGAAAGUGAAAGCCACUGUGGCCAACAUCCCAGUGGGCAGUUAUGAUGGAGGAGGGAGAGGCAAAGAGCGAGAAAAGGAGAGGGACAGGGAGAAAGAGAGAGAGCGAGAGAAGGACAAAGAGAGUGCUAGUCGGUUCUCAUUUGAGGUAGACAAGGCAGCCGAGACGAGCUCCCCUGCAACCUUUUCACCAGAGGAGGGGUCCGCAGAAGCAGAGAGUGCUACUGGCCGUGGCAAAGACGCAAAUGCUAAGGAGGCUGAAUGGAAGGACUCCCACCCUUCUUCUCCAUUACCUGCUUCCUCUGGAUCAGAUCCUGCUCCGCCUCAGUCUCAUGGUGAUAAAGAUGCACCACCUAAAAAAGUCAAAGCCCGGCCCCCACCACUCAAACGACCGUUUGAUUCUGUUGACAAGGUCCUGUCAGAAGUGUACUUUGAGGAGCGCUUCGCAAAGCUGCCAGAAUUCCGUCCAGAGGAGGUUCUGCCUUCUCCAACCCUGCAGAGUCUGGCCACCUCCCCACGAGCCAUACUGGGCAGCUACCGCAGGAAGAGGAAAAACUCCACCGGUGAGAACCUGGACUCAUCCACAGAAGAUCCAAUCUCUCCGAAAAGGAAAAGCCGCCGCAGAUCUAGCUGCAGUUCAGAGCCAAACACACCUAAAAGCGCUGCAAAGUGUGAAGGGGACAUUUUCACCUUUGAAAGGCCAGAUGGAGAGGACGUGCUGGGGGAGCUGGAGUUUGAUAAGGUGCCCUACUCCUCUCUCAGGAGAACUCUUGAUCAGAGGAGAGCUCUUGUCAUGCAGCUAUUCCAGGAGCAUGGCUUCUUCCCUUCAGCUCAAGCUACUGCUGCGUUCCAGGCGCGAUACGCUGAUAUCUUCCCCACUAAGGUUUGUUUACAGCUCAAGAUCCGAGAGGUCCGGCAAAAGAUCAUGCAAACAGCAGCUCCGUCGGAAUUGGCCGGCACUUCAGAUAUAUCCUGCUUGCCUGGACCUUCUGGGGCAGCGGUGGCGGCCAGUGACAUAGCUGCAGGGGCAGAGCCUCAGGAAAAAGAGGCCGAGCGUGAGGGUGAGCAGAACAGCUCGGAGGAGCCCAGAAAUGCUGACGAUUCACAGGACUCCACCAGAUGAGGUUGAUGGACAGACGGAUGGCUUGAAGACCAGAUGUCUCCCCUCAACCUCUGCGUGAUCUACAUUUGUUGUCCUGUCUCUUCUAUGACCGCCUCCGAAGGACUUGGAGAGAAAAGCAAGAGCAGAGUUUUCAUUGAUAUGGAGCAGAUGAGGGGAGACGCCUCAAAACGCUUUGGGGUUUUGAUCCUUCUCAGUAUUUCACGUGACGUUGACUUCUGAAAACUUGACUUUGACACAUUCAGACACUUGCCUACAUAAUCACAGACACUGUUAAAUGCACACUCUUUAAUUUACAGCAUUAUCUUAGUCAUUAGGCUUCCUUUGGACUUUGAAACUAGAGGACUAUGGGCCUGUCCUGGACGCCAGUGAAGUCACAGUGCUGCUGACGCCUCUAGAAAGGCCAGACGUGUGAGGGGACCCCAUCCCGUUUCAGACUCUUGUGUUUUGUAGGCCUGUUUGGCUGUAGUUAGGCCACAGGUGUUUUUUAAUUGUUUUUUUGGGUUACUGCCAGUCAUUGUGAGGCGGGCCUCCAUUGGCUGAGUUUAAGUGAUAUUGAAGACUUAUUGUACUUUUAUUUUAAAUAUUUUCUCGUCUUCUGUGGUGUUUUACAUUUUGAAGACUUUUCCCAGAGAGCUUUAAGGCACUGAAAACCUUCAGUGAGGGACUCUGAGCUGCGCUGCCAUUCGUAAGCCUUUUGUCCGAUGAUUGGCUUUAGUGGUUGUCAAUCAAACUGGAGUCAUUCCGAGGCCUCCGAUUGGCUAGCCAUGAAGGAAACAGGUCGUGGAAGGGAAGUCGACAGGCACAUUAUUGCCAUUGAUUUAUGUUUUAACCAUAUAUUAAGAGAUUCCACGUAUUUAAACAUUUCUUUCCCCGCCUUCCUUUGUUUUUUAUUCAACUUUUCAUGAGCUGGUGAAGCAUGGAGCAAUGAGAAUGUUGGGAAUAUAUUCUUAAGAAUUUACUAUAAGAAUUUUGUUAACUUUUUAGAGAAACUUGAUUUUUCAACACGUAAUGCUAAAGGUCAUUAUCUUAUAAAAUCUCAUUAUUACUGUACUGUUCUUAUUAAUGCUUUGUUGUUCUUGUGGAUCUGAUCCUUAUAACCUAUAUCACUAUUAAUACUGUAUUCCUAUUAAUAUACUCUUUCUUUAGCAGAAACGGAGGGAUGAGUUCACCCUCGCACCUAGAGGCACUUCCACUACCUUCUUUUUUUUAGAUGUUUUUCUUUCACUCUUUAUAUUGAUAUUCACAAUAUGUUUUAUUUCUUACCAGGAAGUAAUUACAUAAGCCUUUGUUGUUAAGACACUCCAAACAUCUUUCUGGAAGUCGUACAUUUUUAAAUAUUUUUUUUCCACUUACAUUCCUCCCCUUUCUCAUUCCUCCUCCUGUCACUUUAUCGUUCUUUCCUCAAUCACUUUAAGGCUGUGAGGUGAGACUGGGAGGCCAUAGAUGGUGAUCUUCUUCUCUUGCAGCACUGGUCUUUGUUGUACAUAAAAUACAGUAAGAGUCCAACGACUCAAUAAUCACAAUAAAGAGCAGAAACCUCAUUGGAAGAAACGAAGCCAGUAAACAAGAAAUGAAAUUGUAUAACUAAAGGAGAAAUAAAGAAAUAUGGUUAGAAACUGUUCUUAUUGUGUUACCUUGUUUUGCUGAUUUACAUAUCCGAGAAAGUCUUUAUACUGAUAAGCUUUACAUUUGAACUGUAUCUCUCAGUAAACAAAUAAAUAGAUGUUCAAAGAAACAGA